AUGGCGCCAUUGCCUCUGACAGACAAUUCCGCAUACGAUCUGUCACAAGUUCUCGAACCUCGAAACGACACCGACAAUUCUGGUGGGGCUCUGCAAGUCAUUUGUGCAUGGCCAGUCUCAAGCCAAUAUGGGCCUGGGUCGAGGAUCCUGUUCUAUCUUCUCAUCGCCGCAUGUGUACUGGCUAGGAAAGCAAACUGGAUCAAGAACGCCUGUCUAGCUGCGGCUCUUUUGCUACCAACGAUAGCUGCCGUGCAUGCCAUUGCCCUGGCGGCCCUCCAUCGGGACAGUAAGCACGAGACAUCGUCUCCAGUCAACUCCCCGACUAACAUGAUGAUAGCAGCUGUAGAUAUGGACAUCUAUGGGGCUUUUCAAUUAUGCUCGAUAGGAGUAGUGGUCGCCCCUAUUACUGUCCGGUUAUCAAAGACGUACCUAUAUGAUCCUGGUCGUAAUGUUAUCUUCGCUUGGGUGGGCCUUCUUCUUGCUGGCCUUCUUAGUCUGACCGUGACGUUCUAUCGCACCCAAACUUUUAGUUGCCCGUUCGACGAUGCCGGAAACCCUCUUUCGCCCGACGCCUCGAAGUUCCCGUACGACAAACCCCCAAACUGCAGCCUGACCUGCUCCGAGAAGGACGGCCCGUUCUCCCCCAUGCGAGGUGGCUCGGCCAAGAACAUAUACAUCAUCCCGGCGCCAAGCGUGUUCACAUUCGGCGCCGGCACGCUGCUGUCGGCUGCAUGUUGCGUCCAAGCUAUUCUGUGGCUGAUCUCGAUGGCGGAUAAGAUUCUGGAAAUCAACUGGAAAUCCCAGUCUCGCAAAGUGGGCGAUCAAGAUGACAGAAGUAUUGACGAACCAAUAUCAGGCACGAACGGGGCAACAAAAAGAAGGAUGAAGGAUGUCAACGAAAACGUUAGAUUCUUCCUGAGCAUGGCCGUUGUCCCGGUAUUUGGAGGUGCAGGCUUUGCCAUCCUUGUUGUGGGUGAAGUCAAUUUCUUCAGCCGUCAGGUCUGCUAUGAGAACGAGCCAAUGGCUGCCAUUGGUCAAUGGGGUUCCAUUGUGGGUGUUGGUCUAGCAUUAAUGGGCUCGCUGUAUCUUCUCCUAGCAGAGGAUGUUGAAGACCUCAAAGGAAAGGUAAAGGUUGCUGAGCCUGACCGCUCGGGCAACCUGAAUACAUCGCGAGAUGCUUCUGUCACCCCACACCCUGGCCCCCAAAACCCCGACCCAGAGAGACUUGCCACAGGAAACCCAGAUGGUACUGGCGAUGCUACUGGAACAAUACGGUGCGAAGAGACUGAUACAAGUGUGGGAAAUGCCGGUAGGCAGAAGUUCGCCAAAUUGAUGCUUGCCUUUAGCAACUCGUUGGGCACUGCCGCCCACGACCGUCUUGAUUACUCUGAUUUUCAUCGUGGAUCGGUGCUUAAUUGGCCCGAAGUUCCCGGUGAGAAAUUUAGAAGUAAUAAUCUGCGGGAUAUCAAGAAGAUAUAUGAUCCUCCCAAAGAUCAAGACGGCAAUGUGACUCCUGAGCAGAGAGAGACGGCCGAGUCAAUCAAGAAGACGUGCCCGUACUCUGCCCACUGA